GGACAGAUUCAGAUUGCAGCAGAAAACAGCAGAAAAAGCUUGGAAAUGGCAGAGAUCUGGGAAGUUCUCACUACUGUGCUGGUGGGAUUUUUGAUCCUGGAUUUUCUAAAACUGCUCUGGUCAAGCAGAGAUUACCCUCCUGGUCCUCUUCCUCUUCCUCUCAUUGGUGGACUCUGGUUUAUUGGGACCAAGCUUUCCAAGGAUUCUUUCACUAAGCUGAGCAAGCAAUAUGGAGACAUUUGCACUGUGUGGGUGUGGCAUCAACCUGUGGUAGUGAUUUCUGGAUUUCAUGCAAUCAAGGAAAGCCUGAGCAACCAUUCGCAAGAUUUUGCUAAUCGGCCCAUUUCGAGUUUUCUUCUAAAAGUAGGUAAAGGUAAAGGAGUUGCAUUUGCCAACGGUCCUGCCUGGAAAGAGCAGAGAACUUUUACUAUAAAUGCUCUCCGCCAGUUGGGAUUGGGGAAGAAAGACAUGGAAAGUAAACUGCAAGAGGUGGCACAUCAGCUGGUGGAGACCUUUGCGCGCACAAAGGGGCAGCCAAUGGAUCCUUUACCAUUCAUCAAUGCUUCAGUCUGUAAUAUGAUUUGUGUCUUGAAUUUUGGAUACCGGUUUUCCCCUGAAGACACAAAGUUCCAGAUGAUAUUAGAGUACAUUAGUAAUUAUACAAAAUUUGGGGGUUCCGCCUUCUUAUUGCUCUAUGAAUUGUUUCCAUGGCUAGUGAAACAUAUCCCAGGACCUCAUCAGAAGAUAGAAGCAUCCAUCCAGACAGGGAAAUCAAUUAUAAAGGAAGAGGCAGAAAAACACAGCCAAGAUUUGGCCCUGCGUCAGCCAAAGGAUUUCCUGGAUCUUUAUCUUCUCCAGAUAGGAAAGAAACAGAGUGAGCCCAACUCAACCUUCGAUAGUGAAAACAUGGCUCACUGCAUUAUGGAAUUGUUUGUUGCUGGAACAGAAACCACAGGAUGCUUCCUGAAAUGGGCGUUGCUCCUCAUGGCGAUGUACCCAGAUAUCCAAGAUAAAGUCUACAAAGAAAUGGAAACUAUUUUGGGUCCCUCUGGCUCAAUCUGUUAUGAAGACCGGUGGAAACUACCUUACACUCAAGCCGUCCUUCAUGAAAUUAUGCGUUCAAAAUACUUCAUGCUCUUUGGUUUCCCCAGGGAAACAGUGAAAAAUGUGAAUGUGUGUGGCGUUUCUAUUCCAAAGGUGAAGCGCCAGAAAUGUUCCCACAUCUCAGAUCCAGGAUCCGAAGCUGACUUCUGGCUGAUCAUUGUGAAGAUGACUUUGAAUGUCAAGAAAAGAUGACAUCCGUGAACAUAAAGAUCCAGUGUUCAAUUUGGAGAUUUUCUUUUAUAUGCACCUGGAUUCUGAAGCGUUUAAAGGUUAUUUUUUAGCGGGGCAUCUAAUGUUCCAUUGUGGGCAAUGCAAACUGCCAAGUUAUUCAUAGAACAUGGAACAUGUUAGACCUCUCUUCUAAUCCAACCUCCCUGGAAACCCUAUAUCAUUCCAGACAAAUGGCUGUCCAAUCUCUUCUUAAAAACCUCCUGUCAACCCUGAAGCUGACCUGACUGAAGCCAUUUUGGAGGCUUCAGUGUUGCGACACUGGAGCGGAGGGAUAGGGGAAUAGAGAUAGCUGGGGCUUUAUAGCCAAAACAAAAUACUUUCUCUUGGAAACCAAGGACAUUCUCCCACCUGGUCAGAGGAAGGAGGAGUGAUCUCACUAGGCAACAAGACUGCACCUUGAUUGGACCAUGAAACUGUUUGUUUGGGAAGUGGGGGAAACUUUUACUUUUAAUUAAGUGAAAAUCAAGGGAAUCCGUUUUCACCAGAACUGUGCCGAUAUAAUAAAUCCAAAUAAAACUAUUCUUUGAAGAAUCUA